AGAAUUGGCGCCUGUGAGAAAGCAAAAGCAAGCGUAGCCUUGGAGGAAUGCUCUUCGCAGCCGAGCAGCCCCGCUCUCGCCGCAGCCUUCGCUCUUGCUGAGAAGGGGAUUUUAAAGCUGGGAGCUACAUGACUGCGCGGAGCAGGGAAUCGCCAACAUCAUGCGAGCACAAAUUGAAGUGAUACCAUGCAAAAUUUGUGGUGACAAGUCUUCUGGAAUACACUAUGGAGUCAUCACAUGUGAAGGCUGCAAGGGAUUCUUUAGGAGGAGUCAACAGAACAAUGCCUCGUACUCCUGCCCAAGGCAAAGAAACUGCUUAAUUGACAGAACCAACAGAAACCGUUGCCAACACUGCCGACUGCAGAAGUGUCUUGCCCUAGGAAUGUCUCGAGAUGCUGUAAAGUUUGGAAGAAUGUCCAAAAAGCAGAGGGACAGCUUGUACGCUGAGGUACAGAAGCAUCAACAGCGACUGCAGGAGCAGCGGCAGCAGCAAAGUGGCGAGGCUGAAGCCUUGGCCCGAGUCUACAGCAACAGCAUCACCAAUGGCUUGAGCAACCUAAACAAUGAAACUGGUGGCACUUAUUCAAACGGGCACGUCAUUGACCUGCCAAAGUCCGAAGGCUAUUACAAUGUGGAUUCUGCCCAGCCCUCCCCAGAUCAAUCUGGCUUAGACAUGACUGGAAUCAAACAGAUCAAGCAGGAACCUAUCUAUGACCUCACUUCUGUACCAAACUUGUUUACCUAUAGCUCUUGCAACAAUGGGCAAUUAGCUCCUGGGAUAACCGUGGCAGAAAUAGACCGAAUUGCACAGAAUAUCAUUAAGUCCCAUUUGGAGACAUGUCAGUACACAAUAGAGGAACUACACCAGCUGGCCUGGCAAACCCACACAUAUGAAGAAGUCAAAGAAUACCAGAGCAAGUCAAGAGAAGCAUUAUGGCAGCAGUGUGCAAUCCAGAUCACACAUGCCAUUCAGUACGUGGUGGAAUUUGCAAAGCGGAUAACAGGCUUCAUGGAGCUCUGUCAAAAUGAUCAAAUUCUACUUCUCAAAUCAGGCUGCUUGGAAGUGGUUUUAGUCAGAAUGUGCCGUGCCUUCAAUCCACUCAACAACACUGUUCUGUUUGAAGGAAAAUAUGGAGGAAUGCAAAUGUUCAAGGCUUUGGGUUCUGAUGACCUCGUGAAUGAAGCAUUUGACUUUGCAAAGAAUUUGUGUUCCUUGCAGCUGACUGAGGAGGAAAUUGCCUUGUUUUCAUCUGCUGUUCUGAUAUCACCAGAUCGGGCUUGGCUGUUGGAACCAAGGAAAGUCCAGAAGCUUCAGGAAAAGAUUUAUUUUGCACUUCAACAUGUGAUCCAGAAGAAUCAUCUUGACGAUGAGACUUUGGCAAAGUUAGUAGCCAAGAUACCAACUAUCACUGCACUUUGCAACUUGCACGGAGAAAAACUGCAGGUAUUUAAACAAUCUCAUCCCGAUAUAGUGAAUACACUGUUUCCUCCGUUAUACAAGGAACUGUUCAAUCCAGACUCUGCCACUGGCUGCAAGUGAAGGCAAAGCUAGAAUAUUUCAUGGAAUGCAUCACUCUUCAGACAAAAGAAUUGUUUUCAUGGAGACUUUCUUAAAUAUGUCACUACUGCAACACUAGGAAUGUCCUGCACUUAAUAGAAUUAUUUUUCACCGCUACAGUUUGAAGAAUGUAAAUAUGCACCUCUGAGUGGGUCCUGGUUUUGUUUCUCUUCUUUUUCCCUUUAUGUUAAUUUUUUCCUUCUUUUUGUUUUGUUUUGUUUAUUUUUAACUUACCAGAAAUUUGCAAAUAUAGAACACUGGGUGUUACCUUUAUUUUUGAUUUUAUUUUAUUGGGGGCUUUGUUUUUGGGAGACAAACUGUUUAUAGAAGUUUAUUGUAGAUAUAAAUGAAAACAGAGGAGUAUUUUGCGGUAUUACUCUUGCUGUUUAUUGUUCAAAUAUAAUUUAAGAAAUUUCCACUAAACUAGGCUUACCUAUUUCUAUGUUUUAGCUAGUUAAAUGCAUGUGGCAAUAUGUGGCUGUCUUGGAAAUAGGUGUGUGUGUGUGUGUGUGUGUGUGUGUGUGUGUGUGUGUACAUGACUCAGCCAUUCUGCCUCCUCUCUAUAAACUAACCAGUGUCUCUGAUAUGCUGUAAGAACUGUAUAUCGAACACUAGGGCCAUCUUAUUCUUUCCUUUUAAAUCUUCACUUUGUAAAUGACAAUCACUGCUUGAUGCAGAUGUUGCACUGUAUGCCACUCAGGGAUAUUACCUUAUUUAAAAUAAUAAGAUAUAUAAAAUGACAGUAAUAAUAAGGAAACCAUUAUUAGAAAUGUGUUGCAAGGCACAAUUUGAGAUGCCAAAAUGUGGAAGACCCAGACAAGGCUUUCAAGCCAGCUAUUAGAAAUGAUGAGGUUACAAACUGAAUUCACUGUUACUAUUUCCUCAGCAACAUGCACCACUGAUUUCACACUUUGAUUGUGAGCACGAGAUCCAUAUUGUGAAUUUCCAUCCUUCAGAAUCAAAUUCUGACCAUAUAAAUAGAAUUUCAAAGUACAGUACUGGCAUUUGGUCUGCAAAGCAUUUUCUGUGGUC